AUGGAUAGUGAGCCACCAUCCGGAGGACGUUUGGUCGAUUUAGUCGAUAACGAGUGGAUUGCAGACGAAUUGCCGUUCGACCACAUCCAAGUGCCUUGCGAUAAGCUUCCGGAUCCCGAGGCAGACAAUGGUGACUCACAUUUGACACUAAAAGAGCAAGAGCAGAAAUGGACUGAUCUAGCGCUUACUUCGCUGGCUCCGGAUCUAUCCGUUACCGAGCAAGUUAAUUUCCCUGGUGUUUAG